UGGCGCAGAGACGAUUGGCUGAUUCCGGGUGUGGCGUGUGGUAGGGGGCGGGGUUAAGCGCGGAGUUUUCACACCUCCUAGUGGUUUCCGUGUCAUACUGAAGAGCGGGGGGCUGAGGUAUUAUACCCCGGUGCUGUCUUUCCUGCUGCCCCGGGAACAUGGCGGCUCUCUCGGCCUGGUUCUGGAAUGAGCGCUUCUGGCUACCGCAGAAUGUUACUUGGGCGGACCUGGCAGACACUGAGUCCGGGGAACAAUACCCGCAAGCAGGACACAUCCUCUGCGCACUCCCUGUAGCUCUGGGGAUCUUCGCUGUCAGGCUGCUGUUUGAGAGGUUUAUCGCAAAGCCAUGUGCGAUUCGUGUGGGAAUCCAGAGCAGCGGCCCACGCAGGGCUCAGCCCAACGCCAUCCUAGAAAAAGUCUUUGUGUCCAUUACAAAGUGUCCUGAUGGGAAAAGGCUGGAAGGCUUAUCCAAACAAUUAGACUGGGAUGCACGCAAGAUCCAGAGAUGGUUCAGACAUAGGCGGAAUCAGGACAAGCCAAGCACAUUAACAAAAUUUUGUGAGAGCAUGUGGAGGUUUACAUUUUACCUGUAUAUAUUUUGCUAUGGAAUACGUUUUCUUUGGUCGACCACAUGGUUCUGGGAUACACGACAGUGCUGGUAUAAUUAUCCUUAUCAGCCACUCACUUCAGGGUUGUACUAUUAUUACAUCAAGGAGCUGGCAUUCUACUGGUCCCUUAUGUUCUCCCAGUUUACAGAUAUUAAGCGAAAGGAUUUCCUGAUCAUGUUUAUUCAUCAUUUGGCCACAGUUGGCCUAAUCUCUUUUUCCUAUGUGAAUAACAUGGUGCGUGUUGGGACCCUGGUCAUGUGCUUGCACGAUGCUUCUGAUUUUUUGCUAGAGGCAGCAAAACUGACAAACUAUGCAAAAUUCCAGCGUUUGUGUGACUCUUUCUUCAUGUUCUUCGCACUUGUGUUUGUUACAACACGACUUAUUAUUUUCCCCUUAUGGAUCUUGAACACCACAAUGUUCGAGAGCUGGGACCUUAUUGGUCCAUAUCCUUCGUGGUGGCUGUUUAAUGGUCUCCUCCUGGUCCUGCAGAUUCUUCACAUCGUAUGGUCUUACCUCAUACUUCGCAUCGCAUACAAGGCUUUGGUUAGGGGAAAGGUUGGAACUGGAAAAUAUCAGCCUUUGUCUGUACUGAAAGAUGAUCGCAGCGAUGUUGAAAGCAGCUCAGAAGAGGAGGAUACCACUUUGAAUGGCACCAAAGCAAUACACAAUAAUGGUGCCAACCGGGUGAAUGGUCAUGCAACAUCCAGCAGUCAGUGGGCUGAAGAAUAAGUUCUUGGCAUACCUCCAGGAGACAGGCUGAUGUAUCCUAAAAGACUUCACAUGAGACACGGACUACUUUAUUCUGCACACAACCAAUCCAGAAGUCUGCCCAACCGGUGGAGCAAUCUUAUUGGUGGAGCCAGCUCUCAUUGUUGGUGGAGCAACCUCUCAUUGGUGGAGCACUUGGAUUCUCCCUAUACCAUAUGACAGAUUUUACCUUUACUUGAUCAUUUUUACAUUUCUGCCUGGAAUAAGAAUCUGAUCUGGUUUAAAAGAGAAGACUGACUUUGCCGCUACACAGUUUGUUUUCUGUGCACACACUGCACACUUCUCAACUCUCUCUAAAACAGCACAGGCCUUCGUUUGGUGCCGAUCUCUCACAGCAGUUCAGCUGCUCCGCAAACCAGACUGCUGUGCGCAAGAGCUGGAGCAGAAUAGGAGCAAUGGUGACCUGAUCAGCUGUGUAACACUUGCUGUUUAUAUCGUGUCACAAGGAGGCGGUGUCUAAAGCGAGCGCAACUUUUUAUCGCCAGUUAACAGCACCGGGGCUCCCACACAGAGGCGCCAGUUACAGCGGCAAGACCAAUGAAAGGCUGUGUGUAGAAACCCUAAUCAGAAGUGUGUGCCUUACUAUGUUAUAUUUUAUAUCGUUGUUUACUUUCUGUGAAAAAAAAAUUUAAAAAAUGAAAAACAUUGGUCACUUUUUUUUUUUUUUUUUUUUUUUUGUUCUAUUAAAAAUACAGGAUCUGAAAUGAGUAUUUUUUUCCCCAACUCAAUGGGCAGAGAGGAUUGUUCACCUCCUGAGUUUUGUGGAAUUUAGAGUAAAACUUAUUAAAUGACCAAUAUUUAUAUUCUAUCCUGUAUUUUUAACAUGGUUUGAUUUGAGCGCUAGCGUCGUGUUAUUUAUUUUAAGGUCUUCGCCUGUGUGUUCUUUAACUGGGCCAGAGCGUUUUUUUGUUUUUUUUAGAGAGAAGAGGAACUUUCAGCAAAAGUGUUGCAAAUUGAAUUUUCCAAAAAGGUGAAGAAUGCAUUUUACAAAAACAUGGGCCCCAUGCCUUUCAACCGUUAAGGUCUUCAUCAGGGGAAAAAUAUACAAGAAAUAUUUUGCCCCUGAUAAAGACCUUAACGGUCGAAUCGCGUAGGGCCUAUAUUUUUGUGAAAUGUAUUUGAUGGAAUAAAAUUGAUAGAAUAUUCUGUGCAUUCUUCAGCUUUUUGGAACGUUCCUUACCUGUUGGUGACUUCCGUAAGUAUUGCACCUCACAUUUGCUUGACGGAGCGUGCGCUGAGUGACCCCUCUUGUUAAAUUAAAUUUGGGGCUGCCAUAUUUCUGCCGUACUGCUGAUAGUAGCAUCCUUUCUUUUCUGCAUUCAGAAAUAUAGUAUUUGAAGUGUCACAAACAGACUUUGGCUCAAAAUGCAGAGACUUGCGGUGCUCACCAAAAUCCGCCGAGUCUGUUUGUGCCACUUCCAAUUCAAUCUUUUUGAAUGCAGAAAUGAGAGGAUGCUACAGCCCACAGCAGCGGAUUUCAGCCCCCGUGGCCCUAGCCUUAAGUAUGUCUUUAGUUGCUUGGCCACUUUAUCUUUUGCUAUUAGAAUCAAAUUGGGAGCAGAAUCAGUAAACAUUACUUGUAUGCAUGCCGGAGACCUCUAGUGA